CCUCCUCUUCCUCUCUCUCUCUCCAUCAUCAUUCUUGUGCUUCUUGUUCACUGUGAUUCUAUUAUUCCUUCAUUGUCUACAUUUGUCACUCUUUUCCCAUUCGUAAACAAAAGGCUAACAUGAUAUACGUUGAAUUUGUCAAACAAGAAAGUGGCUAAAAAACAUGAGAGAAAUCAUCCACAUCCAAGCUGGUCAAUGUGGCAAUCAAAUCGGUGCCAAAUUCUGGGAGGUUAUUUCCAAUGAACAUGGGAUAGAUCCACAAGGAAUUUACCAUGAGGAAUCACCAUUACAAUUGGAACGGAUUGAUGUUUAUUACAAUGAAGCCUCAGAGUCAAACACUUAUGUUCCCAGAGCGGUUUUGGUUGAUCUGGAACCAGGAACCAUGGAAUCGGUUCGAUCAGGUCCUUAUGGUCAACUUUUCCGUCCUGAUAAUUAUGUUUUCGGUCGUAAUGGUGCAGGUAACAAUUGGGCAAAAGGACAUUACACCGAAGGAGCUGAAUUAGUUGAUAUAGUCAUGGAGGUUGUUCGUAAAGAAGCUGAACAUUGUGAUUGUUUACAAGGUUUCCAAUUGACACACUCACUUGGAGGCGGAACUGGAUCAGGAAUGGGAACUUUACUAAUAUCUAAAUUAAGUGAAGAGUAUCUUGAUCGUAUCAUAACAACUUAUUCCGUGGUUCCUUCACCCAAAGUUUCCGAUGCCGUAGUUGAACCAUACAAUGCAACCUUAUCCAUUAAUCAACUAAUUGAAUACACCGAUGAAACCUUCUGCAUUGAUAAUGAAGCCUUAUACGAUAUUUGUUUCCGUACUUUAAAGCUUCCUUCACCUUCAUACAGUGAACUUAAUCACCUUGUAUCAGCAACCAUGUCAGGUGUAACAACAUGCCUUCGAUUUCCAGGUCAAUUAAAUGCCGAUCUUCGGAAGCUCGCUGUUAACAUGGUUCCUUUCCCUCGAUUACACUUCUUUAUGUCAGGAUUUGCACCAUUAACUGCCAAGUUAUCGCAACAAUAUCGCAAUAUAACAGUAUCCGAAUUAACUCAGCAAAUGUUUGAUCCUAAAAACAUGAUGGUUGCCGCUGAUCCACGAAAUGGCCGAUAUUUAACUGUAGCUACAAUGUUCAGGGGUCAAAUGUCAAUGAAAGAUGUAGAUGAGCAAAUGAUUUUAAUUCAGAACAAGAAUUCAUCAAAUUUUGUUGAAUGGAUUCCAAAUAAUGUUAAAGUUGCCGUGUGCGAUAUACCACCAAGAGGCCUUAAAAUGUCCGGAACGUUUAUUGGUAAUACAACCGCGAUUCAAGUAAUAUUCAAACGGAUUUGUGAACAAUUUACAGCGAUGUUCCGUCGUAAAGCUUUUCUCCACUGGUUCCUAGAGGAGGGUAUGGAUGAGAUGGAAUUCACUGAGGCCGAGUCAAAUGUAUUAGAUCUCAUUGCGGAAUAUCAACAAUAUCAAGAAGCCACAGCGGAAGAUGAUUACAUUGAGAUUGAGGAGGAAUAUUAUGAUGAAUCGGAAGAUGCCUACUCAUUGGAAGACCAGAAUGGCUCAUAAAUUGACGAUUUAUCCAUAAUAUACAAAAUCAACAAAUGCUAAUUGCAAUAAACAAACUGUAAUAAUUAUUAUCAUAAUAUCCAUGGUGAUAUUUUACACCAAGAGACAAUUUCAAAAGUCCAGUGAGAUUGAUGAAUACACUCAUGUAAAUAUUACAUGAAUGUGAAUCCAAAACAAUAGUGAUUGAUUACUAUUGAUGCAUUUAAUUAUAACACGGAUUGCCUGAUGAGAAUCCCAUCUAAUUGGAAUUGCUGAUAAUUGAUCUAAUUUAUUUAUUCAACUCAAUAUGAGUUUGAUUGUUGUUGGAAAAAAUAAUCAACCACUAAUUGGAUUUAAUCUGAUUUUCUGCAACCCACCUCUGAUGAUCAUCAUUUUUUUUUAUAUAUAAAUAUCAAUCAAUAUCCUUCCUAUGACAUGAAAGCCUUUAAUUUGCUUUAAUCAAUCAAAAGUGUAUCUUAAUUAGAGAGAUUAAUUUUCUUAAUUAUCUCAAUUCAUCCUCUAAAUCACCUUUUCCUGAGAUUUUGUGUAUUACCUCUUACCUUUGACCCCUUUCAACUGGUCAUCAUUAUCAUUAUCAUUAUCAUGAUAACCUCCAUCCAUUGAUGAACUUAACAAUGACAACAAUUAAAUUUAAAAUCCUUAA